AUGGUUGCUAAACAAAAAAAGGAAAACGUGGGUGCAAUAUUUUUAGACAUUAAAGGGGUCUACGAUAAUGUGAAUAUAGAAAUACUAGUCGAUGUUUUGAGAAAGGCGAGACUUCCUCCACAAACUAUACAGUUUGUAAAAAACAUCACGUUAAAUAGAAAGAUCCAAUUUUAUUAUCAAGGAGUGGAGGAGGGUAAGGGUACUGCCAACAAGAGCCUUCCUAAGGGAUCCAUCCUGAGCCCAAUCCUAUUUAAUAUAUAUUUAGCCGAAAGAAAUAGGGUACUGGACUAUCGUUGUAGCAAUAUUGAAAUAAGACUAGACUCCAGCACCCUAAAUAAUAGUGAAGAAGUAAAGUACUUGGGAGUGGGACAAACUUGCGAGUGUGCUUGUGUGGUGUGGUGUGAAGAGAGUGGAAGAACGAUCUUCUCGGAUGGGGUUAGAUUGGGGGAUGAGUCAACGAUAUUCGAUGUUGAGGCUCUUGCGGUGGCCAGGGCGCUGAAGUUUGCAAAGAAAAAUAAAAUCAACAAGUUUAAAAUAUUUUCUGACUCAAGGGCAGUUCUACAGUACUUGGCCACUCUGGGGCCUCAGUCGCAUAUGCACCCUUUGAUUGGUGAGGCGAGAGGAGUCAUCCAGGGGUUGAGAGAGGAGGGUAGAGAAUUUAAACUAAUCUGGAUUCCAAGCCAUAAGGGAAUCAAGGAAAAUGACAGUGCUGAUAGACAUGUGAAGAUAAGGAGCCUCUCGCCUCAGAUUGGUUUUAAGGGGGUUUACUGGAAAAACUCUAAAAAGAAGUUUAAACAAAUUUUCAUGAAUAAUAUGAGAAGAUACAUAAAUAAAUACGGAAAGGCGGUUAGAUUUGUCAUGCUCUCGGGGGAUUUUUCGAGACUGCCUGGUUUGCCCCAAUGA